CGGGGAUCGGGAUCUACAGAAAAAAAAUACGUGGAGGGCAGGCGGUUCGUUUCACUCACUCCACUCGGGAAUCUACCGCCGAAGCCUCAACAGACGAUCGAGAUGGCGGAGGAUAUGCUGACGGAGCUCUACGCGUGGGACUCGGAGAUCGAGGACGUCUCAGCGCUAUCUGUCGACGAUCCGAAACGCGAUGAAGACAAAGCCGCAGACGCCUAUGAGAAGAUCAUCCACGCCGCAACGGGUGCCGACGCCAGCGACGUGGUGCUCAGUCUGGCGGCGCAACUGCUGCACAAACACUUUUUCCGCUUCCCGCACGUUCAGAUGAAUGUCGUAGAUGUGCUGCUCAAACUAUGCGGUCCCAAACGCUCGCAGGCUGUGCGUAUCCACACAUUGCGCGCGCUCCUGCAGAUUGUCAAGACGCCAAGCGAUUCCACGCCCACAUCCGCCCCCAAUAGCGCUCGUAAGUGGAUGCAACGCAUCGACGAUUCCGUGCAGCACAUGCUGGAGGCCGAGAAGUCGUCGGUCAUCCUGCGCCAAGUGACGCCACUGCGUCAAGCGCUCCAGGAGCAACUACAGCCCGAGUUUGACUCGAAUACGAGUAGCCACAACCCGUCCUCACCCUCAGAACGCAGCCGCAAGAAGCCGCGUGACGAGAAGGCCAUGGCCGAAGGAGACGACGGCUUUGCGUCAUCCGAGCGCGACCUAAAGAAAGCCAAACAUGACGAUGUCAUUAAAGAGGGAAAGAUCGUGCAACUGAACCGCGACUCCAGUAAUGGCGGCACACCGCGUGGCAGCGAGGACUCCUCCAUGUGGAAUAAACAGCUAUCCAGCAGCCGCACGGUCGAGAGCGAAGGCAGACGACAGAAGGUCAACGCCUUCUCUCCUCGUAACUGUCCGCCUUGUCCCUAUCUGUUCCUGGGCAGUGUUCCCCGUCACACACCAAGUACAGACAUUGUGGAGUUUUUGUCGCCUGUGUGGCCGGAGAUUGAUUUAAUGAGUGUGCAGCUCAAGCAGCCAGACACCAACGCCACAGCAUAUGCGUUCGUGAGCAUGCCGACGAUAGAGCACGCGCGUGAAGCCAUCCACUAUGUGCACGCCAACAAAUUCCGCGGUCGCGCCUUCCUGAACGCCAACUUUGCGCGUGGCCCUCCCGUGGACACUGUGCUGUUUGUGGAGCGAACGGGGGAAGACGUGAACAUGGAAGACAAGGAUGCUGUGCGUGAGUUUGACUUUAACAAAUGUGAUCCGGAAGUGUGGGACGCCAUGUGCGAACAACUGGAGCGCUUUGGACCGUUGUCGUUCGCUGAGAAGGGAUGUGUACGCUUCCGCAACGUGGAGCACGCCAAGGCGGCGAUUCGGAAGCAGCUUUACACUGUGAAAGGAUACGAGAUCUUCCCUGUUUAUGACACGAAGGAGCAGUUUACGAUUGAUUCGACACGUCGUGGAUCCAAUGUGCACAGCAAGCAAGGGUUUGCGUUGAAGUCGGGACGACUUGUGGGAGGAGAUGCAGACUAUCGCAGCAGUAAGAAUCACCACUACAGAGAAGAUGACGACCUAAUGGAUGGUGCUAAUGGACACCGUGUGCAUGAUCGAGUGACGUCGCUUAAGUAUGGAGAGCGUAGCAGUGUUCGCAGUCGCAGUCCUCCUCGGAGUGACCGUGGGAGUGCUCGUGGACGUUCUCGUUCCCGUUCACCCAAACCUCACAAUGGUGGCGGUCGUUAUAACGAUGUACCGAUGUCUAGACCUCCGAAGGAACGUCGUGGGCCUCACUCUCGCUCCAGGUCUCCUGUGACGUUAUCGAAGCAUGUUGGACGUGAACGUGGAUAUGGCACACCGUCAGACAAGGAGAACCGCCGUGAGUUCCGAAGCAAAUAUGGCCGUCGCUCCCCGUCUCCCAUGGUAGUCCGAGGCCACGAGAGUCCUAUUCUUGUUGAGGAUAUUCGUGGACGACCUCGUGGACGUGACGGGCCCUGGAUGGAACAACGUUCAAUUGAAGACUCACGAGAACAUCGCGAACUGCGAGACGAGGGCCGAACCCGCAGAAACUAUCACCGAGGAGGUUCUCCUUCUCCGUCCUCCUCGUCGAGACGCAGUCGCAAAGAUGAAGGACGCUCAAGUGAUUAUCGACGUAUUGAAGAUAGUCGUCAGUCAUAUCGACGUGAUGAACCGAUGCAGGAGGAACGUGGUAGGAUGCCACCCCCUCCACCCGGUGGUGUGUUGCAGGUACCACAUAGUCGCAGUCGCAGUCCCCCCCGGUUUGGAAAGUAUGCGGGAUCGUCGAAGAGUCGACCUCGGUCUCGUUCGCGCUCGCCCCAACGCUCUGGUGGCUAUCGUGGACGUGAAGAUCGUGAAGAACGUUCGCAGAUUAUUGAAGAACGCCCCUCGUUACAGUCGGAACGUCCCCGUUAUGCGGAUGAUCGUUCCAUUGCCGAAGUGGCUCGUGACGAACAGCAGGAACGCCAACGCUUUUUCCAGCAGCAAAACCAAGGCCGUCGGGACUUCCAUGGUGCAGACUUGAGUCGCUACGGUUCGGGUCGUGGAGGCGGACGAGGUCGCGGUCGUAGUGAUCGAUACCACACGCAACAGCCUUACAGAGGUGGAAGAGGUGGCGUAAUGUAUCGCCAGGAACUGAGCCGUCCCCGUUCCCCCGAUCCGCCUCCCUCUCCUCGUCCGGCUUCCACACCUUCACAAGAUCGUCGCCGCUCGCCUCCCCCGCACCAGCAUCGUGAGUCUUAUCGUGAACGUCGUGGAGAGUUUGCAUCGCGUGGUCGCGAGGCUGGAUAUUCGCCGCCAUCGCCGAUGCUGCAGAAUUCUUUCGGACCCGGACCUGCACACGAGUUUGAACCAGAAGGGGAUGAUCGUGAGUCCAGUCGUCAUGAGCGACGCCACCACUCGCGUCAUGACCGAAGUCGAGACGACAAAGGCCACCACAGUCACCGUGAUCGCCACGAGAAGCGCUCUUCUCGCCCAGAACGAUCGUUGACCCCGUCACCUGUUCGCCGUGAACAGGCUUCAGGUUCGAGUGGGAGGAAGUCUAAUGGUUCUCCGCAUCGGUCUUUUAACCGCGACAACCAAGCAGAGGAGGCUUCUGUGAAGGAUAAACAGCCUCGAUCUAAGACUGAGGAUGAGUCGGAGCCGCAUCAGAAGGAGAUGAAGAGUGGAGGUGCCCGCAUGGCGCGUGACGAGUUGUUCGCGGGCAUGGAUGAUUUGGCCGUGGACUAUGAAGAAGACGAUGAGUAAGGAAGGACAUGCAUUGUGAGAUGACCACUACUAUCCUGACGCAGACAUGAGAGGAGGAGAAAGUUGUGACGUCGUUGGUUGGAUAUCUAUGCAUUGAUUUGAUUUGGUCUUGACUCGAUCAAAACUUGUGAGCAAGUGGUUGCACCAUGAAACAAACAGGAGCUGAGAGUGCGUGAAGGCGUGAAAUACCUAUGACGGGCUCUGAGAUGCUGACACGAGGACGGACGCUGGCAGAGAAUCUGCAUCAUUACCUUGUAAUACGUGCGUAUCUGCUUGAUGCCUUGGCUUUGAUUUUUUUCCGUGGCAUUUUUCCUCUUGAUCCCACGACAAAGUACAGAGCAGUGGCAAAAGUAGCAUCCUGAGUGAUUUCUAAAGUUGCUGUUGAGCAGUGGCCGCAACUAACUGUUACUUGGACGAUUUUCACCCGUUGGCACGAAUGGGAAACAGUGAAAAUGAAAGUUUCAUUGAGUCAAUCAUUGUGAAACCGCGUGACCUUCCGUGGAAGGCGACCGACCGUCGGUCGAGUUAUUUUCAGUUUGGUCAACGUCUAAAGUUGCUGUGUCUGGAAAAAUUCGACUCAUUUUUCGAUAGACGUUAUUUAUUAUUUAUCCUCCGUAUCUAUUGCUAACAUGCUGGCAUCAUUGGCCAGUAUGUUGGCAAUGUUCGGCGCACGUCGUACAAUUUGUGGAUUUAAUCUUCUCGCCGCGCUAGUAUUCUCGACCUCAUGAUGGGAAAAGACUACGGUUAUGAUUUCGUGCGCUCUUCAAACGGAUGUGGCGGUUUAUAGACACCUCCGUCGAUGUUAAUAGAGAAGACAAUGAUAAACAAGCAAUGAGCUCUGGUGUUUCCCAGGGCUCUUGACACCACAUUUUGCAAGUUAUCCUAUCCCACCAUACCAACUAUACACUACAACUGCUUCGCCUUUGUUUGGUGUAGGUUAUCAGGUUUGCUUACGUGCUG